ACAAAAGAAGUGCGGUCACGGUUCUGGGCACUGUAUAACUACGCGUCAGCGUCUUGAAACCAUUGGUCCGAUUUUAGAAGCUCCGCCUUCGAAGGCAGUUUCGCCGGCUUACGGGUUAAGCAAAAUGAACUUGUUCAUUUUUCUACAGAAAAUUAAGAGUGAAUGUAAAUAUAUAGUUAUUUAAUACAGUGGCGCCAUCAGGAAAUAAGCAACAGCUAGGUCCAUCGACAAACGAACACUUACUGAAAGCUGGAAUACAUUCCGAGGUCAUCUUGAGGAUGUCUUUAUAGUCGUACCGUUAUAUAACUUCUUUAAAUUUAUAUUAAACAUGGCAAAAAGUAUGUUUUUAAUGUUUGAAAUAAUUAUCAUAACGGAAUUAACGUUCUUUUGCCCAGUGUUGCAAAGUGGGAAUUAAGUCUCACUUCAGUGCUUCCAUUGGGAGAUAGCUCGAUGAAUGAGGAGGGCAGAUUGUGCAACAUAACCAUACAGAAAGCUCUGGAAGAUAUCAACGCGUUUCCAAACCUGUUAAUAGGAUACCGGGACAUACCAAACCAGGGUGGAAAAUUCAAUCUAACUUAUAACAACUUCGACUCGAACUGCAGCAGAGAGAGAAGCGCAUACAUUGCAUACAAGCUGGAUAAUAUCGUCCGAUUUCCGUUUAUCCUAAUCGGUGGGGUAUGUCCUACUAUAACAGAGCAGGUUAUAAAAUCUGUUUAUUGUAACAGUAACGAUUACACGACGUCCAAAGCUCAGAUUUCGUAUCUUGAUACAUCUGCCAACUUGGCUGAUAGAAGGAAGUUCCCCAGGUUAUACCGACUAACAGCUCCGGAACGUGUAGGGUAUGCUCUUGUGCAACUGUUAGCAAAAUUCAACUGGACUCGUAUAGCGGUUGUACAAGAAGAGAACGAUAACUUAUCAAUGACCACAAUCGACUUAAUGAAGGAACUCAAUGUUGCGAAAGUAGAUGUUAUUGCCGAAAAUCCCAUAGCUGUGAAAUCGACUCAGAAUAUCGAUUAUCCAUAUGACCAGAAUAUGAAUAUUCUUGAACAGUUGAAGCUAUUAAAGAAUCUGGACGCACGUAUCAUUGUUGUAAGUGCUUUUCAACACACAGCUCUGGACAUCGUAUGCAAUGCGUACAAGCUGGGACUAUACGGGAAACAGUUUGUUUGGAUAUUUACGGAAAGAUAUUCCAAUGAGUUCUGGAAGGUUGGCGAUGACUAUUGCACGGAAGAGGAAAGGCAGAGGGCAGUGGAAGGGGCAUUUUUCUGUAAUACUGUGAAUGAUAAGCCCUUUACAGAAAAGGGCAUUGCAAACAUCACAUACUCGGACCUCAUCACAGAUAUUCACCAUCGCGCUAAUGUAUCAGAAUCCAAACUAUUUGACUACGCCGUCGGAAAGUGUUACGAUCAUGUUUGGGUUGCAGCUUUGGCGUUGAACUGCUCAAUAGUUGAACUGCUAAAUGCGAAAACAAAAGUGGUGGCAUAUUUUCGGCAGGAUUAUCGCCCAAAUUCUCGUUAUGAGUGGAUAGAUGGAGCACUUAUUUGGAAAGAUAACAUUCCCCCACUUGAUUCUGCUCAGACAAUUCAGAGAGAGAAGUUCAUCCCGAUGCCAUUAUAUUUGACGAUGUGUGUACUAGCUGGCAUUGGAAUCAUAUUCACAAUCGCUUGCUUCGUUUUCAACGUAUUUUGGAGAAAGCACAGGAUAGUGAAAAUGUCAUCACCAAACAUAAACAGUAUUUUACUUGUCGGCUGUUUACUAAUGUAUGUAACUAUAGUUAUCAAGACAAUGGCAACGACAAGCAAAACAGUGUGUGCGGUGCGAUUGUUUUGCUUCUGGAUAGGAUUCGCUACUCUAUUUGGUUCCAUGUUUUCCAAGACAUGGAGAGUCUACAGAAUUUUCACAAAUAAACAAAUGAAACUGAAAAUGUCAUUAAGAGACAAACACCUACUGGUCAUCAUCGGUAUACUCGUUAUCAUGGAAACACUUGUGUUAAUAGUAUGGGAGAGUUACUCGCCGCAUCAAGUGAAAGAGCAGCGGCUGGAGACAGAGGAUGUUACCACAGACAAAGGGGACAAGGUUUUAGCGUUUUCUCGUGUUUGUGUGUCGGAUCACUCCAACUAUUUCAACUGGACCCUGAAAAUAGUGAAUGGUGCUCUUGUUACCUUUGGCGCUUUUUUGGCAUGGGAAACCAGACAAGUACACAUAGAAGCUUUAAACGACUCUAAGACGAUCGGUGUAUGCUUGUACAACGUUGUUAUUCUGAGUAUCGUGGGGCUGUUUCUGUCUAUGAUGCUUGAUGACAAACCGAUUGUACUGAAUGGAGUCACUUCCGUGUGCCUCUUCGUCGGAACUCUCGUAUCGGAGACGUUGAUAUUCCUCCCAAAGAUAUUAGCAGUUUACCGGAAACCCAUUGCAACCCCACAGACUGCCUUGACUAAUCUACAUUCAUCGACAACCUUGAGUAUGACAACAAACCGUAUUGAAUUAGGCGUCAGUCGUUCAUGUGAAAAGGAAACGCAACCUGAUGAUACGACGAGAGUGUCAUGUGAAAAGGAAACGAAACCUGAUGAUACGACGAGAGUGUGAUGUGAAAAGGAAACGCAAAAUGAUGAUACGACGAGAGUGUCAUGUGAUAAGGAAACGCAAACUGAUGAUACGACGAGAUUGGAUUAACAAAUCAAAUGAACUUCCGAUGAGACUAGAUUGACAACACAAAUUGAACUUUUUACGAGAUUGGAUUUAAAUCAUAAAUUGAUCUGGUGAUGAUGUUAAAUUAACAUCACAAAUAUAAAUCAUAAAAAGAUUGAAUUGAUAUUAAACAUCGAACCUUUGGUGAGUGUAAAUUAACAUCAAACAUAAAACUUACGACAUUGGAAUAACAUUACAAUUUGAACUUACCAUGAGAUAGGAUUAACAAUAUAAAUAGAACAUACUGCAAGAUUGGUUUGUCAACACACAGUGAAUUUACGACAUGACUGGAUUGAAAGCAAACAAUUAUAAUUAGUAUAACUUAUAUUAUAUAUAAUAUUUUAAGUGUAAUUCGCUGUAUGAGUUUUAGUUAUUUUGAACAUUGUAACAUGUAGCAUUUUAUGCAGCUAAAGACAGACAUACACUUAGGCUGUCUUGUAUUAGGCCUCUGAAUGCUUCCCGACAACUCUGCCAUAUUGGAAUCGAGACUCAAAAAAGUUGAAUUUUGAAGUAUAGCACGUCUACUUAAAACUGAUCAAUGUCUGUUUUUCUGUGUUAAUGUGUAACCCGACGUUUGUGCAGUAAACCCUAUUUGCCCGCUUUGAUGACAAGCAAUCAAACUCACCUAAUCAAUCAGCUCAUCCAAUUGACAAGUAAACACGAUUCUAUUGAAAGUAUAAAAUGGUGGUCAUACAUUUAAAUUCAAUUAAGUAAAAAUUGCUCUGCAAAAGAGCCGUCUGGCUGUCGUGGAAUACGUAGAGUACUAUUGGCUUUGUACAGUGUUUUCAAGGUGCUAGUUACUUGAGGUGAGGGGAAAUAUCAUGCCAAUAGAGAUCACAAAGUCAAAGGUCAAAGUCGCAUAGGGUUUAAACAUGGAAUUUGUUUCCGGACAUUAUUAAGAGAAUGAUUGACGAAAGAUCAUUUUUAUUGUUAUUUAAGUAUUUUUUGGCUAUAGUAGGGUGCUUUUUUGGUACAAAAGCUCAAAUGUCAAGGUACCUAGGGUCAUUAACAUGAAAUGCGUCUCCAAUAUUACCUCUUUACUAAGGUCAAGUUUAUUUUAUUUUGUACAGGAUUGUAAAUCAUGCGAGGCGAAGACCCUUCAGUUUUUAGAUAAACAGAUCAAAGGUGAAGAUCACAGAAGCUUGUUAUCUGAAAAAACAUUUCGCAUAAUGAGAUAUUGACUGCACGUUAGGGUAUAUAUAUGUUUUACAAACAUCUCUUGUUUAUGUGCUUAUCUGUGCUACUUAUAACGGCAUGAGUUUGAGAGCAAAAGAAGAGUAGGGACGAUUUGCUUGUAGUUCAAUUACAAAAUCAGUAAGUGUGUUUAUGUGUAUACAAAUAUUACCAACUCUUUUUUAUUGACUCAAUGAAUGUUUGUAUACACUUAGAUGGCUCUGAGUCUGUUGUAAGAUUGCACGUAGCAUUGUCUUUGGUAUUAAUUUAAAAUAUUACUGGUAUUUAAUUAAGUACACAUUAACAUUGAUAAACUGUUAUCAGGUGGGAAACCUUGAUAGGAUUCUUCAGUAACUGACUUUAUGUUUUGUUAAAUUGCAAGGAGUGUAAUUGAAUUAUUAAUUGUUGUAAUGUUUGUUCAAAAUCGUCAACAGUUGAGUUUAACUUAAAUUUGACGUAAAUAAAUACACACUUUCAGCUAGAAACUGAAUGUGGUCGUGGCAAAUUAUUCAAAGAAUUUCAAUUGCAUUAAUAUUCUAUAAUAUCUUGGCCACUGUGUGGUUAAAGAGCAAGUGUAACCUACUUUUUUAACGUUAUGCUGUUGAGAUAGUUCAAUAUGUUAUGCAGUAUUUAUUGUGGGUAGUAAAGCCUAGUUUGCUUGUUUGCAGUUUGCUACAACAUUUAGUUGUGCAAAUUGAUCGUAAUGCUCAAAUUCGCCAUUACGUGCAUUUGUUUGUAAGCGGUCAACAACUUAGUAAUAUUUAAGAUUGAAAAUAUAACGUGAAAUACAAAAUCAUACUUUGAAUAGUAUUGUCUUCGUUUUUGUUAGUUUAUGAAGUGUGAUGGUUUUAUGAAAUGAACACUUUGAAAUGUAGACGAUGAUAAAGCUGAAUUAAUCUGAAGCUAUUAAAGGGGCCUUUUCACAGAUUUUGGCAUUUUUUAAACUUAUUCAUUAAAUGCUUUAUAUUAAUAAAUGUAAACAUUGGAUCGUAAAAGCUCCAGUAAAAAUUCAAGAAAAAAAUUAAAAAAAGGAAAAGAACAUUGCCCGGAGUAGGUUUCGAACCAAUGACCCCUGGAGUCCUGCCAGAGUCCUGAAGUAAAAACGCUUUAGCCUACUGAGCUAUUCCGCCGAGUACACAUUCUUGACGUAUUUUAUACCUUAUAUAAGCAAUCUUCGUAGUUUCACAAAAUUUAACGACAAAAACAGAACUCUCCAAAUUAUUCAAUCGUUUCGCGUUGCAACGCUUUAUAAUUUUUAGGUUUUAAAAUCGUCAAAAGAUGCAUAUAAUGGCUAUAUUAGAGCAUGGUUAAUGUUCAGUAUUACUGUUUCCUCACAAAUAUCAUAACUAAAACGAAAACUUACGAAUCUGAAACAACUUUUUUCAAUUUUGUCAAUUUACCAAAGCGUGAAAAGAUCCCUUUAAAAAUGCCUUUUUUAGAUAAUUUGAUAUACUUUGACUCUAUUUGCUAUAUUAUUUGUGAUAUAUCCCUUGUAUC